CACUCUUACUUCCUCGAACACAUGUGCUUGCACUCUCUCCCUCUCCUCUGUGUCUCCUCAUCGGAUCAGCGGCGCACAGGAGGUGAUUUCAGCCACUUGAUUUAUUAGUCAUCGCUGGUUGUUGGAACAAGCUAAUUAAAAGGAGCGCGAGCGUGUGUGUUUGUGUGUGUGUGUGCGUGUGUAUUUGUGUGUAAGAUUUAGAGACUGACGCUGCUGCUGCUUCUUCUGCUGCUGUUGCUGCCGUCCCCUUCAUCAGCUCUCUCACGCUUUGCUGUGGAGCAGGCGAGAGGAGAGGAGAGGAGAGAGAAGAGGAAGAAGAGGAAGAGAAGGAGGAGAAAGAGAGAAGGGGCAGACACCUGGGUGGAAGGACAUUUUCACACCACUUCCCCUCAUCAUCUCUUCUGACAUGGCCACCGCUUAGGAAUCUGGUGCCGUGGCAACCGUCAGAUCCAAGGAUAAGGAGGCAGAAAGUUGGGCCUGUUCAGGGGGAUGUUCAAAGAAACAAAGAGAGGGAUGGCCGUGGAGGAGAAGCCAGGCGUGAAGAGCAGCAGCUCCAUCGUUCCCUGCUUUCUGUUUGUGGAGCUGGUGAUCAUGGCUGGGACGGUGCUGCUGGCUUACUACUUUGAGUACACGGACACCUUCCCCGUGCACAUCCAGGGCUUCUUCUGUUACGACAAGACCUUCUCUAAGCCCUACCCUGGUCCGGAUGAUACCAGCAAGAUCCCUCCGGUGCUCAUCUACUCGCUCGUCACAGCCAUCCCUACCCUCACGAUUCUUGUUGGAGAGCUGUGCGCCUUCUUCACCAAGGCAGAGGGAACCCAGGAGAAGACCAUUGUGACUGCAGACUGCUGCUACUUCAACCCCUUACUGAGACGCAUAAUACGCUUCUUGGGUGUUUAUGCCUUUGGUCUAUUCACCACGACCAUUUUUGCCAAUGCCGGCCAGGUAGUGACAGGAAAUCAGACGCCUCACUUCCUGUCUGCCUGCCGACCAAACUACACAGCAUUAGGCUGCCAGUCCACGAUGCAGUACAUCACAGAGCGACGGGCCUGCACAGGCAACCCACUGAUUGUCAUGUCUGCACGUAAAUCCUUCCCAUCUAAGGAUGCAGCACUUAGCAUCUACUCAGCAGUGUACACAGUGAUGUACGUGACACUGGUGUUCAAAACCAAAGGCACGCGGCUCACCAAGCCCACUAUCAGCCUCACGCUGCUUUGUCUCGCCAUGCUAGUCGGUGUGGUCAGAGUGGCUGAGUACCGCAACCACUGGGCUGAUGUCCUGGCGGGAUUCUUCACUGGGGGAGCCAUCGCUGUGUUUUUGGUGACUUGUGUGAUUAACAACUUCCAACAGCUGCAGCCCGGUCUUCCUCCACCGCGACCCCAACGUCCCGAGUCAAUGCUGGGCAUGCCGAUGGUGACACUGCCCUCUGUGGAGAGUCCACUCGAAAAGUUAAGUGGCCCUCAGCAUCUUGCACUCUCCUCCUCCUCCCCACCUUACAACACCUACGUCCAACCAUUUUAACCAGCUUUGAAUAUUUUUUACCCAACGUUGUCACCCCCCCCACCCCCACCCCAACACUAUCUCCGCCAUCUGUUGCCUUAUUUCUGUUUUUUGCUCUGUUGAACAUCUGUUCUGUCCUCCCCUCAUCCCUGUACAUUGCUCUUGAUUAUUCUUUUCUUCACUUUUCUCUCUCUUCCUCCGCCUCCUCUCUGCCCCGUCCUCCUCUCUCUUUCUCACUCCUCUCUUUCCCCUGCAGACUCCGCGGGGAUCUCCGUUCACCGAGAUCACAUGACCAUCAGCCCUAUCGGUUCCCCGCCACCCCCGAUGUCCUCAUACCGUCUCGCUCCAUUUCCAGCGAAGUCUAGACCAGUCGGAGCAGCACUCACCACAAUGCGCCGCCCAUCCGGCUGGGCGGUACGCAACAUUGCACCGCUCCUAUUCCACGCAGGUCUAGACCCCCCACCCCUCCUAAUACAUGAUACACAGUACACACAUCCCCCGUUGCCCUCUCAACCCCCGGGGAACCGAUAGGCAAACUCUUCAAAGACUUUCUCUUUGUUGGAAUACCAGUAAAGUAAAGCUCUGAACAAUAAGUACAGAGUCAGGUACAUCUUUUUUUUCUUUCCUUUUUUUUUCAUGUUGAAAAAUGUAACUAAUUUUUUUAUAUGUAUAUAAACUCAAUCACAUGAAGCUCACUUUCAUCAGCAGUGGUUUGCUCUGUUACGAAAACUAAAUAUAAGGUGACCACUGAGAAUGUCCGCUGCUUCUUUUUCUCCAACCGUACGAGCGCACACCUGUUUGAGGAAAGAACCCGAAAGGUGAUGGUGAGCUCUCAGGACGCGGCUUUGACGUGCGCCGUGUUGGACCAAAGAAACCCACCUGAGGAAAUGUGUGCUGCUGAGAUUUACCCGUACAAAACAUCCUUUUAGCAAGCCAUAUGAACACACAAACAAACACACUUGCUCUCCUUAUUUCAUCCCAUGCAUGUGCACACAGACACAUGCAUAAGCACCCACCAGGGUUGAGUAGCAGUUCCCUAGUCAGCUUCGCAUGAGGUUUCCCAGGAUCAAUGGAUCCGUUUCUUAUCCUUCAGCAGAAGCACCAGACAAAAGCAAACAGGAUGAAGGUACAGACAUCUUCACUUGGCUAUCAACUUUGUGUUUUCCUUCGCUCUCAGAUGGUUGCAAUUUUGCCAAAACCUAAUGUGAAACAGAAACACACAUUGGAUGAGACAAAUCCAAGCUCCCGAAUGCAGGUGGCACAACAGUGAGCCAAAUUAAGUGCAUCACAUUCAGGAGCAAAUAUUUGUUUUUUGCUUGGUUUUUUUUUUGUAUUCUUUUGUGAAAAGGAGCCUUCAUACAGGACACUUCUCUGUGAUGCCAACUGACUUUUUAAAAAAAUGUCUCUUUCAUUUAAUUGUGGAACAGCAUCGCUCAUCCUGAAGUGGCAUCGUCUUUGCUGCGGACUGGCUGCGUCGUGUAAUUACUGUGAUUUAUUUCUGAGAUUUUAUUGAUAUAUUGAUUUACUGACGUUUGUAUAUAUACGGCGUGGUUGCCAUAAGCGCUCCGUGUGGCAUGACAGUUUUGCUGAUUUUGAUUUGCACACUCCCUCACGAUCCACUUUUGUCUUUUGUUCUCUUCAUUUGCCUUUGUUUGCUUUUCCUUUCUUUACAAAUACAUUUUGUUUUUUACAUUCUCCAUUUAUCUCUCUUCUCUGUGGUGUCUGUAUCUAGGCUAAUAUGCCAUCACUGUGCUGUGAAAUGUUUCCCUCUGCUGGACAAACAAACACACACACACACACACACACACACACACACAAAGCACAGAAGACCUCGUUUUACAGACGUAAACUCUAACAUAUUUGAAAGCACGCACAUGCACAAGCACACUUAUACCCCCUACUUGUUACUGUACUUUCUUUCUCCUCUUCCCCACUUUCUAACACGGAACCUGUAAGAUAUUGUACAAAGCUCUUUUUUCUAUUGAGAGUGUGAUUUUUACACGAGCAUCACCAAGACUCUGUGUGGCGAUUGAAGGAAAAUCUUGUUUUUGUUACAAUGAUGGAGAAUUCGUGCAGACGUGCUGAACCACUCUGACCCAUCAGUUGGAAAGUACUCAGAUGACUCACUUUUUGUUUCAAUGUGCUGCGUCUGCCUGUUGGACUGAAUAAAGCUGGAUUGGAAAAGUCA